ACCAAAUCUCGACUCAGCAAUGGGACGCUCUGUCCUCGUUGCCUUCCCACCUAUCACUCAACACCUCAUCGCGACUAUUCUAUUCGCCUGAAGUUGCUCUCAUCGCGCAUCUCCGCAGUCGUUGCCAUGGACGACUUGCAGCCCUCGCCGCCACCUCGCCCGACGAUCCUGGCCCUACCACAUGAACUACUCCUGGACAUCCUCGCGCUUGUUUCCCCGCGGGAUGUCGCCUCCUUCUCGCAGACAUGCCGCGACGCCAACUCCCUCAUCAAUGGCGAGGGGACAGCUCCUUCACAUCUUUGGCGUCGACUGUUCCUCGAAGGAUGGGACGCUUUGCCAGACGAGGAGGCUGGGCAUAUGCGCUCCAUUCUCCAAUCUCUUACUCGAGCUCGUACGGACUUGCGCCUCGGGGCUCGCUCACACCCUCACCUGGCCAAGUCACACAGUCGCGCCCUCCAUAGCCUCAUCAAUGCCACCCACUCUCGUCUGCCGCGAGACUCCGCUGACGACCGGAAUGAGGACGCCCCUCGCUCUCGCAGCGCCGCAACCCUUGCCUCGAUGUUCCCACCUAGCUACGUAGGCGAUCGACGCUGGGCGGCCUUCGUCUACCCCAGGCAGGACGUGAAGCGCCUUUCCGUUUGGAACGAGGAGACAAAGCAGGAGAGGGCGAAGAGACUCAAGGCCAGCGAAGAGAAGGCCAAGAAGAGGGAGGCGGAUAUGGAGAAGAAGAGGGCACGAUCCAACAGCGGCAACAGAGGUGCAAAGUCUAUGGCACCUACGGAGGCCAAGAAGCGUCGUCAUAAUGACGAGGAGGGCGCCACUUCGAGCAGCCGUCGCCGCUCUGCCCGCAUACAACGCCGCACCGAGCUCGCGGCCUCGGACGUCUUUCUGCCUCCAUCCUUUCUCUCCUUCCUCCCUACCGAAAGACAAGCAGACCGCGACGAACAGUCCAUGAUGGCAUCCACCCGCCUUGAAGGACUCGCAGAGUGCCUCGAUGAAGAGGCGGCAGCGCACUUGCACGUGCUCCAUGGCGUGAGGCAGAUGCGCUUUCCUACGGAGGAGGAGAAGGAUCGAUUGCUCAAAAAGGCAAAGAAGAAGAGGCAGGUCGAGGAAGCCAAGAAGCAGAAGGAGGUCAAGGCUGCUGCACGUAGGCUGGCCGCCAAACGUAGUGCCAAGGGAAAAGGCAAGAGGCGAGAGGACAAGAAUGACAGUCAGCAAGACAUUCAACCAAAGUCAACCCCUUCACGUGGCUCACGCAGUAAGGUCAAGCCCUCAAUGCGUCGCUCUACUGCUGGCAGCGAAGACGAUUCGGAUUCUCUCCUCUUCUCCGGCUAUGAAUCGGCCGAUGGAGACGAGUACGCCCAGUACCCGUCAGUCAUGUCCGCCCAACACGCUCCAGCCAUGCCUCUCCCCGCGGUGAGUGUUCCACACUUUGGAGAACUCCCGCGUCUCUACACUUCUUCGGGUGAGGGGAUACAUGCCCGGCCCCGACUGCACGACGGACUCAAUAGCGACGAUGAAGACCUCUCUCGCCGCAAGGCAGGCCCUUCCCGUCAGCGGGAUAGCGCAUCUCGUACCCCCUCGCCCUCUCCAAGCCUCGACUCCGAAGGGCAGAUGGACGAAUACUUUGACUUUAGGGAGAUGGUCGAGGACGCCUAUGCGGAAGGCUUCUUUGCCAGCAUUGAGCAUCGAGACGCCGUGUUGAAGGGAGAGGCAGACCCGCCCCCGCAUAUUGAUGAGGCUAUGUUCCGGCUGCACAGCAGGAGGCUGGCGGAGGCUGCAGGGGACAAUGUGGAUAGCGAGGAGGACGAUGAUGACUAUAGCGCCAUUGAAAGCGCCUCUGACGCGUACGAUGGGGCUGAAUAUGACUCAGAGUACUUGUCUGCAGAUGAAGACGACGAUGGCGACGAGGAACUCACACCUGGACUGGACUUCGAAACGGCCGACUCGAUUGAGGAAUCCAACGUUUUCCUCGGCCAUCCUCAAGGUCCAGGCGGGGACGCUACUUUACGUCGCGAAGCCAGAGGAGUGGUGUACGAUGCCGGCCGCUAUGGUUACGAGAACGCUUGGGGACCUUUUAAGCCCUUCCGGACCCAACCCGCCGAGAUGCGCAAUGGGCGUCGCGGGCCCUUCGCGGGCUUGAAUUUGAUGCAGUUGGGGCUUGGCGCUGGUGCGCACGAUGAAGACGACGACAGUAGCGAUGGGGACAUCGAGGAAGUCGUGGAUAUGGAGACGCUUGAUGCUCAGGCUGCCGCAGAUGGAGUCACCUGGCAGCCCGGCCAAGAUGAGGAGGACGACCUCCCCGCCACAACGCAAGCUCCGGUCCUCACAAACGGCACAGCCGCAAUUGCCGGCUCUCCUCUCGCGACAACGGACGAAGAUGAUGAAGACUUCUCCGGCAGCGAAGACGAGGAAGAUGACAGUGAUGCCGCCUUCUCAGACGAUGGACUGCUCCCUCCCUUUGGCGGAUUGGGCCCACACAACUUCGCUCGGAUGGUCGCCCAUGUUGGCGCCUACUCUGGAUCCAAAGUGCGCAAUCGCCUCCAAGAUGAGAGAGAGAAGCGCAAAGCGCAACAGCCGCAGCAGCCUACUCUCCCGGCCCGCGCUCGCGUUGACUGGCUCCUCGCCGAAUCCAUCAUGCUCGUCGUACACGCCAACCUCCACUACGCGAUCCAUCGGUGCGGUUGGGGUUCUGGCUUCAUGCUGCCACGCGGCGCCCGUGGUGAUGGUGGCGGCACGAGCGACGGCACAAACGGGCGUGCACUGGUCAUGCCUGAGAUAAGGGGUCCGCUGGACGCUUGCUGCCAUAAGAGGAACAGGAGGCUUCUGUAUCCUCAUGCGGGAUGGGGAAUGUCGAGGGGCGAGGAGCAGCCAAAGGGCAAGGUCGAGGGCAUGGCUGAGGAGGACAGUGGUGAGCAAGAGGAGGGAGAGGAGAAGCAAGCUGAUAGAAACGACACCCCUGCCGUACAUGACUGGGCCAACGUUGAGUCUGCCACCUGGAUGGGCACCUACUUCUUCCUCGAUUACCCCAACUUCCUCCGCUACAACGCCCGUCUAGCCGAAGAAGUAGGCAAAGCCAAGGAGCCCUGGGCCAUCUCGUCUCGCCCGUACGGCAUGGACCCUAACGCCCCGCCCUACACCGGCACCUCUGGCCCAGUAGCACACGAGCUUCUCCAUCGCGCCGAAGCAACGGGCGAUUGCCUCGCUCUCCGCCUCACCCUGAAGCCCGCCGACUUGCAAACACCCGAAAGCGAGGAGGGCAUUGCGGACUCGGCCUCGUAUGGGGAAGAAGACCCGCAAUUUCCCACUCUCCGAUUCAUCGGGCGGACCUACACUCACCCGGACCUCGAUGCUGCAGCAGCCAUGCGCGCCCAAGCCGCCGACAAUGGCGAUGAGUCCGACCCUGAUGAUUGGGACACGGACGAUCCCUCCCCACCUGUCCCCACAGCCCGAGGAAUGGCACACGGCUUCGUCCGUCCAAUCUACAGCGAAGACCCUGCGCAACAACGUGCCCGAUACCACGCGCCCACCGACCGCUACCUACCUCUGAUCGUCGCACUACAGUGGCGCCUCACCCACGCCUACGACGGGGCGGAUCGCUGGUCCCUCUCUGGCGUCCAGGCCGGUCCACCGGGAACUCGCGCGCCAAUCUACGGUACGUGGUCGGACGUCGAGCGCGAUGAUGGAUCGCCUCUGGGGCCAUUUGCGUACUUCAAUGUCGAUUCGAGGCCGUGGCGCGAGGUGGAGAGACUGAGGGACGAGGAGCAUGCGAGGAGGGAGAAGGUGAGAGAGGGGAGGAGGAAGAGGAGACUGGAGAGAGAGACGCAGCUGGCGAUGGAGGGGGCGACGGGGGCGUGAAGGCGCAUGAUCCUGCCAUGAUUCAGCAGUGAUGAGCGCGGGAUGAGAAGGCAAAUAGCAAUGACCGCGGCGUCGCAAUGCGCAUCUCAUGAGGAGACCGCGGCGUCGCAAUGCGCAUCCCAUGAGGAAAGAAUCGAUUGUAUGAUUAGAGGAACGUGAUGAACAGAGAGAGAGAGAAAGUGACAAAUGAGAAGACAGCUUGGUGAAGUGAGAGAGUCGCGUGAAUUAUCGAGUCGGUCCGGUCGCAUUUUGUUGUGGUGUAGAGGUAGCGCUAAGAUUUGUAGAGUCGUUU